AUGCAAGGAGACACACAAGAAUCUCGUGGCGCCUCGAAUGGCCUGAGAGCUCAAAGCGCGCCUCGCCUUUUAAAAGCAGCAUGUACGCAUUCCGCGCAUCCUGCUCAACUCGUUUUCAUCCCAAUCGUCAUGCUCGACACUGACAAAAGCCUGGAUAGGUCUCCACCAGAUGAUGCCCAGUCACCGCGUGGAUCCAGCACGGAUCUUGAUCGGCAGUUAGAGCUAGAUGGGGUUCGGAAAUUCAAUCGGCUUGGUUGGAAACGGCUUACGGUCGUGCUCUUCGUGGAGGCGAUUGCGCUUGGGAGUCUGAGUCUUCCUGCGGCAUUUGCGACACUCGGUAUGGUGGCAGGAAUCAUCUGCGCUGUGGGAAUAGGGUUCAUUGCGACAUAUGCCAGCUACGAGGUUGGAGCUGUCAAGCUCAAGUACCCCGAAGUCGAGAACUACGGCGACAUCGGGCGGCUGCUUCUCGGAGAAUGGGGCUUCUGGCUGGUGACUGUGUCCUUCAUGUGCGGCAUGUUGCUGAAUGUCGGGUCGCACUGUCUUACCGGCACGAUUGCCCUGGCUGAUAUUACGCGCAGCGACAUCUGCGGCGUGGUAUUCGGCGCUGUCUCCGCUGUGGUUCUAUUCGUGCUGGCGCUUCCACCAGCGUUCGCCGAUAUCGCCAUCCUAGGCUACAUCGAUAUCGUCUCAAUCCUUGUCGCCAUCGGAAUCACAUUGAUAGCCACGGGCAUCCAGCAAUCCAAGCAGCCAGGGGGAAUCCAAAGCUCCGACUGGUCUGCCUGGCCCGCGGAGGAAAUCGACUUCUCCUCAGCCAUGGUCGCCAUCAACAACAUCGUCUUCGCGUACUCCUUCGCAAUUGCCCUCCCGUCGUUCAUGAGCGAGAUGCACACCCCAAAGCACUACGUCAAGUCUGUCUGUACCCUGGGCGUCUUCCAAACCUUCCUCUACACGGUCAUCGGGUCCGUCAUCUACGCCUUCGUCGGGAAAAGCGUACAAGCGCCGGCCCUGCUCUCAGCCGGCCCUGUCGUGUCUCGUAUUGCCUUUGGCAUCGCGCUACCGGUGAUUUUCAUCUCCGGCUCCAUCAACAUCAGCAUCGGGGUCCGCUAUAUCCACGGUAACAUGUACCGCAACUCGCUGGUGCGCUACGUCAAUUCCAAACGCGGCUGGAUUACCUGGAUUAUGCUUGUCGCCGUCUGCACGACCAUCUCGUGGAUAGUUUCAGAGGCGAUCCCUGUCUUCACCACUAUCCUGUCUAUCAGCGGCGCGUUGCUGAAUUCGGGGCUGUGCUACUAUGUCCCGUCCCUUGUGUGGUUCUUUCUCGUGAGAGAGGGGAGCUGGUAUAGUCGUCGGAAUUGGCGACGGGCUUUGAUGAAUUUGUUUGUCUUUCUGUUUGGGAUUGGCGUUUUGGGGUGCGGCAUGUAUGCGAAUAUUGUUGUUCUGAUUCGAGAGACCAGGGACGGUGUAUCCGGUCGUCCUUUUGCGUGCUCGAAGUCAUAG